CAGGAGAUUUGCUCACCCUGGAAGAACGAUAUCCACACAGGAGUUCCUCUAGUCAGUGCGCACAGCAACCCUUUUGGUUCUUCCAAGAACUGGCAAAAAUGUACCGGCUAAACGCACUUGGGAUCUACCUGUGGGAGACAAUAUUAUUUUUCAGUUUGGCAGCAUCAAAGGAAGCAGCAGCUCGUAAACCCACUACCCCCAUGUCCCCCUCUGAGUUUUUGGACAACCUCAUGGGCAAAGUGUCAGGCUAUGAUGCAAGAAUCAGACCCAAUUUCAAAGGACCUCCAGUAAAUGUCACAUGCAACAUCUUUAUCAACAGUUUUGGCUCCAUAGCUGAAACCACUAUGGAUUACAGAGUCAAUAUUUUCCUGAGACAGGAGUGGAAUGACCCGCGGUUAGCCUACAGCGAAUACCCAGAUGGCUCUCUGGAUCUGGACCCUUCUAUGUUGGACUCCAUUUGGAAACCAGAUUUGUUUUUUGCCAAUGAGAAGGGAGCCAAUUUCCAUGAGGUGACCACUGACAACAAGCUGCUUCGGAUUUUUAAAAACGGAAACGUGCUAUACAGCAUCAGGAUAACCCUAAUCCUUGCUUGUCCCAUGGACCUGAAGAAUUUCCCCAUGGAUGUGCAGACCUGCAUCAUGCAGCUGGAGAGCUUCGGAUACACCAUGAACGACGUCAUCUUCGAGUGGGAUGAGAAGGGAGCCGUGCAGAUUGCUGAUGGGCUAACGUUACCUCAGUUUCUCCUGAAAGAAGAGAAAGACUUGCGGUACUGCACCAAGCACUACAACACAGGGAAGUUUACCUGUAUUGAGGCCCGUUUCCACCUGGAAAGGCAGAUGGGUUACUACCUGAUCCAGAUGUACAUCCCCAGCUUGCUGAUCGUCAUCCUGUCCUGGGUCUCCUUCUGGAUCAACAUGGACGCAGCGCCGGCCCGGGUGGGUCUGGGCAUCACCACUGUGCUCACUAUGACCACACAGAGCUCAGGCGCCAGGACCUCCCUGCCAAAGGUGUCCUAUGUGAAGGCCAUCGAUAUCUGGAUGGCCGUGUGUCUGCUGUUCGUGUUCUCAGCCCUGCUGGAGUACGCUGCGGUGAACUUCCUCGCACGGCAGCACAAGGAGCUGCUGCGUUUCCGCAGGAACAGGCGACACCACAAGGAGGAUGAAGCUGGGGAGGGUCGCUUCAGUUUCACAGCCUAUGGGAUGGGCCCCGCCUGUCUGCAGGCCAAGGACGGGAUCUCCAUGAAGGGCAACAACAACAACGCCCCCCCCUCUAGCGCCCCUCCUGAGAAAACCGUGGAAGAGAUGCGUAAACUCUUCAUCGGGCGAGCCAAGAAGAUCGACACAGUGUCCCGUGUGGGCUUCCCACUCGCCUUCCUCAUUUUUAACACUUUCUACUGGAUCUUCUACAAGAUCAUCCGCAGCGAGGACCCCCACAAACAGUAAGGCUGGCAAGCGAGCAGAGGUAUGACCAGGGGGGAGAUAGAGAAUUACUGGGGGUUGGUGUCGGAUGUUGUUUUUUUUUUCUGGACCGGUGCAAUAGCAAUGCAGUAAAAUGCAUGAAAUAUGAAUGUGGCAAUAUAUUUACAAAAAGAAAAAUAAUAAUAAUAAUAAAACUUUUUGAAGACAAACUGGGAAUCUCCUUGUGACAGUAAAACUAAAGAAGGAUGGACGAGCCUCUUCCAAGAACGUCGCAACUGCAAGACCAACCUGCGGACAAAGAAAUCUAAACAGGGCAGGAACGAAAGCACUGUAAUAUAUUCCAUGUGUAUUUAAAAUGCAACAGACUUCUGUUCACGGUUAGGCUAUUGGAUUUGGGCAUGCAAUGAAAGAUAUGCUAACAAUGGUGAUUCGGUGCGUUCAACAUUAGUGAGUUUUUUAAACGUAUAGGGUCAACAAAUGAUACAAGUGUUUGCCCUGCGUAUCGUUAUUUUUAUUUUUAAUUGAAUGGAUCUGCUCUUCUCAAGCCCUUCCCCCCAGACCUGCAUUGAUGAAAUGAGAAUUAUUACAAAUGCAAAUGGUAGGGACGGGGGGCUUUGACAAGAGUGGAUCUGGGCUUUAUCUGUGUGUUUAUUUGUGUGUUUGUUUGUUGCCAAGCCAGCAUUUGUAUGUUCAUCUUAAUGCAUGGGUGUAAAACACAUUUUAUAUUAUUUCCAUUUCUGUGACCAUUAGGCUUGUUGUUGUUGAUAUAAGUAGUUGAUAUGUAUGUUGUUAAUAUAUCAGUCAUUCCAUAUGUGUGUAUAUAUAUAUAUAUAUAUAUAUAUAUAUAUAUAUAUAUAUAUAUAUAUAUCAACAUAACGCACUUCAUUGAAGUGUGGUUGUUUAAACAUGAUGCCCUCUAGAGGCUUUGUAUGGAUUUUUAACAAUGCAAUGCCACUCGGUGUAUAGGAUGGGUCAGUUUAAUUUCCUUUUCAUCUUCAUUUCAUUUGGAAAAGGCAUCUCUGAUACCACAGACACUAGACUUGUUCAGUGUGAGAACGAGCAAGGAAUCACAAGCAGCCAGGAUUGCAGAGAGGAGCAAUAUGCAUGGUGCCAUGAAUCCAAUCACCCUAGCCUAAACUCAGUUAAGUGCUGCUUACAGACAAAGGGUGGAGGAAUGCUUAUUUAUUCAAUCCCAUCGGCUUGUUUUGACGUGCGCAAGUGAAGGCCAUACCAGUUUAAAAAAAUUACUAAUCAUCAUCAUCAUAAUAAUAACAAGACUGUUGUACAUUUAACAUGAAUAAUAUAUUAUAUUUUAUAUAAUGCAAAUCAAGGGACUUCAGAUUCCAUUUUGUACAGCAUGUUUAACUGAGCAUUUACUGGUGUGUUAGUUCAGUGAUUUAUUCCCAUCCCCCUAGUUCAUGUUUUCUGCAUUAUCAUCAGCAUUCAAGGUGAACUUGCUAGCCUUUGCCUUUACCUUCUGUACUAAUUGUGUUUCUCAUACUAGCCUGUAUUCAAUCUGUAUGGCGUGGCCAGAGCUAGACCUAAUAUUGAUUAUGGCGUGGCUCUCAUUUCAAUCCGGGACCCUGGGGAUUGUGUAGUUGAACUGGGUGUGAAAAUGAUAAAGCUAUCGAAAGGUUGGGAAACUUUGUUUUUGUUAAAGGCUAUCAAGUAAGCCUUACCUGUAGAAUGGAGCGACAGGUGGUAGUUGCUGUAGGCUCUCUGCCAAUGUGUCUGCCUUGUAAACUCGGGCUGACUAGUUUAUUCCAGCACAGAAUCACUCUUGUUCAUGCCAUCACAGUGAACAGACGUGCCCAAACACCUGCAUCACAAUCACAGCACAUGGAACACCCAGAACCUCACUACAUCAUACACUAUAUUACCCCCGAUUCUCUGCACUUUAUUUUCAGUGAGUUUCUGUUUGUUGCGGGUCUAACCUGAGACAAGAACAGUACGUUGUGUCCCAGAUUUAUAGCACUUAAAUGGCUUGCAAUCGAAUUCCUCUUGCCAAAUUCAUUUUCUCUCCAGUUGUUUAUGAAGCCAAAGAAUUCCUUAGAGAAAUAAUAAUGAAAAAACAUCUCGGUUUUGCAAAGAAUAUUUAAGAGAACUGGGGGUUGUUAUUUACUUCUCAAAGGGUUUCUGUCAGUUGCUUGUCCCUUUUUUGGAAAGCUAAAAAAAACAAAUUUUCAUUAUAUAUCUUUACGAAUAUAUUGAAUGAUAUUCUUAAUAUAUAUUCACGAACAUACUGUAUUUUCCAGUAUUUCAGCGUAUAUCUGGCAAUACAAAAAAGUUAUUUGUUUGUUUUGUGGUAU